AUGGACCCAUUGGGGGAAAGUCUACGUGCUCAACUCGGUCUAAGCUCCGCUAAUAUCGGCUACGGACGUGAAGAUCUAUACAAUGGCAAAUUUGCUGAUGAUGAUACCGGCAUCCCUGCAGAUUAUGGAGAAAACGCUUCUCAAGAUAGACGUGGCAGGCUCCUGAGCGACUCAUCCUUGAAAAAAGAUUGGGAAGAUGAAGUUGACAAAGAAUUUCAGGAGGAACUCGAAAGACGGCCAUCGACGAUCGGCAAAGUGCGUGGCGAGACGGAUGAUUAUGAUGAAGAAGAGGAUAUCGACGAAGACGAAAGCCUUGCAGCUGAUAGCCCACAAGUUUUCAGGCCGAAAAAGCAUUCACAGCAACUCCAACUAUCUCAUCGUUACUCAUCAUCCGGCUCCACCCCAUCCUCCGCCUUCCAGAUCCCAAGCUCACCAACUGUGGUCGGACUAGAGAAGAAUGAACCUGAACCUGCCAACGUCCAUGACCUCUUCCCAACCUUCGUCGAAGGUGGCAUACUUCAAUUCACCGAUUUGUUCGCUACUGUACCCAGAAAACGUCAAAAAGUCACCGGUGGUUAUGUAGAUGUAAAUCUCCCUGAAACCUUACCACCUGCAAUGUCCACCUCCUACCUCUUAGAAAAACCCACUCUCAAUUUGUCUCAGCGGUCUCCUGAUCAAAGCAAGCUGCCAAGGAUGCUACAAGAAUCAUAUCAAGAACUGCUAGCUACGUUACCUCCAGUCAAAGAAGAGUCUAAUUUCCAAUCGAAGAUACCUUCAAGGCCCCUCGUUGAAGAGACAUCCCUCGAACAACUUCUAGCUCAGCAGGCAUCCAAAUGCGCGACCCCUUGGAGAAUUCCGCAUGACGAUCGCGGAUGGCAAGCUCUUUCAAUGCAAGAUUGGGAAAGUGAUAUUAUUUGGAAGCCACAACCAUCACCAAAUCCUCUGUCGCAACCUAUUGAUACACUCACCAGACUAUCACGACCACGUAAUCCCGAAGUAGAGGAAGGUGAUUGGCUCGAUUGCAUAAUUUAUGAUGCCAAGAAUCGCCCUUGGAAGGAUUUUACCACUCUGCAUGUCGUUGAAGAAGACGCUAGAUCGUUAUCCAACAAUCAAGCACAGGGCGUGGAAAUUGAGAAAGAAGUUGUUAAGAGCAAGGCACCUAUCGCUCGUACUUCCAGCACACUGAACCGAGAUAGCAAGCAACAAACAUUAGAUCCAUUCAACUUAUCAAAUGACCGAUUUUAUGAAGUGUCUAAAGAGCAUCGUCGGCGUGUCAGACAAACCUUUGGUAAUUUGGAAGUCCAACAUUCUUACCCGGCUAUGAAGUUACAGCUCCCGUUGUACAAGACACGUCUUACGAAGCACGAGGCUCGAUCUUUCCACAGACCGGCCCUCCAGUUUCCAGUCAAUGUCCCAAUUAAAUUUUCAAAAGUGAAAGUCGCAAAGAAGAAAAAAGACAAGGCGGGCCGCAAGAUUAGAAACACGGCUCCAGCCGCAGAACUGCUAAAAAACACAACCGACUUGACACUGAAAGAUACCGGACCUUUCAUGCUUUUUGAGUAUUCUGAAGAAGCUCCUCCUGUAAUUUCUAAUGUUGGCAUGGGUAGUAUUUUGGUGAAUUACUAUCGAAAGCAGAAUGAGCUGGAUGAUCAUAUACCAAACGAUGAUAUCGGGGAACCCUUUGUGUUAGACGUAGCCGAUGAGUCGCCCUUCAUGAAGUUCGGAAGCAUCCGACCAGGGGAAACCGUGCCCACACUCUACAAUAAUCUCGUUCGUGCACCUCUCUUCAAACAUACACCUAGCUCGAAUGAAUUUUUGGUCAUCAGAAAUACGACUGAAACUGAGACGAACUACUACAUCCGACCAAUAGACCAUCUGUAUGUUGUUGGUCAGACGUAUCCAGUCGUCGAAGUCCCCGGACCGCACUCUCGCAAAACCACAACUCAAUUAAAACAUCGGCUGCAGACGAUUGCCUUCAAAUUAUGUUCCAAAUCGGAGGAUGGUCGGAUAAGGAUUGGUAAAGUGAUGAAGUAUUUUAAUGACCAGAAUGAGAUGCAAAUGCGCCAGCGUUUGAAAGAAUUUAUGGAGUACACAAGAAAAGGCCACAAUCAAGGAUUUUGGACCAUUCGACCUGGUUUGAAAGUGCCCGACAAAGAAGAAAUAUUCAAAUUGGUGACUCCAGAGGGAGUUUGCUUGGCUGAAAGUAUGCAAGUUGGUCAGCGACAGCUAUUGGAUGCGGGAUAUGGAAAAGAUGCCGACAUCGAAGGUGAUGGAGAUGACCAGAGUAAAUUGGAUAUCGAACAGCAGUUAGCGCCUUGGAGUACCACCAAGAACUUUCUCGCGGCUACUAGCAAUAAAGCAAUGUUGAGGCUAUAUGGUGAAGGAGAUCCUUCUGGAAGAGGAGAGGCUUUCAGCUUCAUCCGAGUAUCGAUGAAAGAAAUGUUUCUCCGGGACGGCGAGACUCUAGAAGAGCGACAAGCUGAACUUGCGUCUCGCCCCAAAAGCUCGCAUCGUCUACAUGUUGGUGAGCAGCAAGAUGUGUACAAACAAGAAAUCGAGCGAAUCUGGCAAGCUCAGCGACUGGCCUUGAGUGACCCGAAUCCGCCGCAAUUGACCCAUGAAGAUGAAAUACGAGCGCGUGGAGGUCGUGGUGCGAUCGGAAACACACCUGCGACAGGUAUUGACACCCCCUUGCCACAUCCGUCCGCGGCGGGGGCUACUCCUGGUGACUGGAAUACAUCGCGUCGCUCGCGAUCUCCUUCUUCAUUUAGUCGGCAGUCGUCGCCUGAAAGAGACGACGGAAUGAGUGUUGGAAGUCGUAACCAUGUAGUCGGAGCUAAUAAGGCAUUGAAAAUUAGGAGAUUGAUCGAUGGGAAAUGGCAAACUGAAGUGGUUCGAGAUCCUACAGUUGUCAAUGCAUACCUCAGACAAAGAAGAUUGAUUGAUGAACAAGAAUCGUCGGCUGAGGCACUCAUGCCUAGCGAUGACCCAGAAAAAAAUCGUCUAGCCAAACGGAGAAUCGAGGAGGCAUUGGCCAAACUAAAACGAAAUCAGGAACGACGUCUCGCAAGGAAAAACGCCAAAGAAAAUGGCGCGGCUUUUCCCAAACCCGGUUCACAUAACAAGAUUGACGUUGCUUUGUCGACUCCUGUUUCUGGAAGCCAACCUGUUCGUAAAUGUGGAAACUGUGGUCAAGUUGGACACAUGAAAACCAAUCGGAAAUGUCCUCGUUGGGCAGAAUUCAACUCAUCUGCUGCUGGUGUCUUUGGAGCUGUCCCAGUCUCUACUCUAGGUAACUACACCACUCAAGGCGCCCCAGUCGCUGGCACCAGCGAGCACGGCGGAUCGGUAGCGGGAACUCCCAAUCCCGCUGCUUAUCAUGGUAUGGAGGAGUAGAAGAUAAGAGUCGAGAUCAGCCACAUUACAGACUGAAUUUUCAAAUUUGCCUUGUUGGUCAAACAAGUCAUGCGCCAAAACAGAUCGGACUGGGACCCGCUCGAGUCGGAAACAAACUGCCACAUGAUGGACUGGAUGGUUUUUUUUUGUUUCUUUUUCACGUCAAAAAUCUUUGUUGAUUAUUAUGAUUAAUGGUCCUUCCAAAUCGUUAUCAAUUAUUUAUCCAUACUCAAAAAACUUCAUAAUUGUUAGCUUAGUGUAACAAAAGCCUAUCCCCCCCCCCCCACCCCCACUCACCAAAGAGAGAGAAUACAAAAAAUUGAAAAAUGAUUUCAACCCC